AUGCAUCUGGUCCAAAACCAGCCGCCGCCCGCGAACGCCCAACCGCCACUUCAUUUUUGUUCCCGCCCGCCCGCGCCCGUCCGCCCGCCCGCAACCCUCCCGGCUGUCGCGCCCCCGCCGUCCGGCGCCGCCAUGGCCGAUGCCGACGACCCCGCCGCCUUCUCCGCCGCCACCGCAGCCGGUGGGCUGAUCCACGUGGCCGCCGCCGCUGCCGUCGCUGCCAUCUCGCCCGCAACCGCGGCCAUGCCGCCGCCCCCCGCCCGCCGGCCCGGAUUGGCGCCGCCCCGGCCGGUGGCCACCGCGCAGGCGGCGAAGGGACGAGGAGGCAGCGUCAAACGGCCGCCCAACCGCAGCCGCAACCCGGUCGACAGUUCUACGCGGCCGGCGAAGGUCUCUAAGGCGGCCGCGGCGGCUCGGGGCGACGACUCGCAGACGGUGCGGCCGGCGGCCUCCUGGAGCAGCCACACAUCCAUUCCUCAACCUCCCCCGCCGCCACCGCCGGCCGUGGAGGAAGAUGUGGCCACGCCGACGGCCACCGCCUCCAACAUGUUCGACGAAAUGUCACAAAGUGUUGAUGAUGAAGCUUUCAUGCACGCAACAAAUGUGGCAAAUGAUGAUUACAUAUAUGAGUCAUAA